AUGACUACCGCUGCUAGACCAACGUUUGAUCCUGCUCGUGGUUAUGAUAAUGACAGUGACGAUGAUAGUGAUGACAGAUGUUUAUUAAAGUUAUUUAAAUUAUUCAGUGAAGAUUUAGAUGAGCAGAUGAUGCAAUAA